GCGGGACGGCGUUCGGGAGAGCAGCGAGCGGAACGCUUGAGGGAGCCGGCCGGAGCGCUGUGGGCGCGGGGGCUCGCUCGAGGGCGGCACGAAAAUGCACUCGGAUGCCGCCGCUGUCAAUUUUCAGCUGAACUCUCAUCUAUCAACAUUGGCAAAUAUUCACAAGAUUUACCACACUCUUAAUAGGCUGAAUUUGACAGAAGACGCUGGUCAAGACGAUCGCCAAACAGGAAGUCUCAGGUCUUGCAGUUCUUCAGACUGCUUUAGCAAAGUGAUGCCUCCAAGGAAAAAGAGGCGACCUGCAGCUGGAGAUGACUUAUCAGCUAAAAAGAGUAGACAUGAUGGUAUGUACAGAAAAUAUGAUUCUGCUAGAAUAAAGACAGAAGAUGACAUGUUCUUAAGCAAGAGAUGCUUAGAAUGGUUCUAUGAAUAUGCGGGAACAGAUGAUAUUGUGGGUCCUGAAGGAAUGGAGAAAUUCUGUGAGGAUAUUGGAGUUGAACCAGAAAAUGUAGUUAUGCUUGUGUUAGCUUGGAAGCUGGAUGCUCAGAAUAUGGGUUACUUUACAUUACAAGAAUGGCUAAAAGGAAUGACAUCUCUGCAAUGUGAUACCACAGAGAAGCUAAGAAAUUCUUUGGAUUAUUUGAGAUCCUUAUUAAAUGAACCUACAAAUUUUAAACUUAUUUACAGAUAUGCUUUUGACUUCGCACGGGAAAAGGACCAACGAAGCCUAGAUAUAAAUACUGCCAAGUGUAUGUUAGGACUUCUCUUAGGAAAAACGUGGCCUCUUUUUCCAGUUUUUCACCAGUUUCUAGAGCAAUCUAAAUACAAGGUGAUCAACAAGGACCAAUGGUGUAAUGUUCUGGAGUUCAGCAGAACCAUUAAUCUUGACCUCAGCAAUUAUGAUGAAGAUGGCGCAUGGCCAGUGUUGUUGGAUGAAUUUGUGGAGUGGUACAAAGAGAAACAAAUGACAUAGGAAUUUUAACUAUGCACAGCCGCUCAAGAGUCUUUGUUACUACAGUUAUGUUGACCAUUAGCCAUAAACUGCUAUUUGUAUAAAAGCGCAUGCUGCUUUUCCUGCACUGUAUCCCAUUUUCAGGGACCUUUUGGUGUUUUGCUGUUUAACAGGCCAGCUCUGCUUGCUGUGUAGCAUUGUUCUCUUUGAAGGCUGCUUUGCAUUUUGUAUCUACACUACAGAUGGUGAACUUACCAGCAUCCUCACUGUGAUUAAUGUGUAUAUUGCUGUCUAAACUUUGUAUAUGUGUAUAAAAAAAGCUUCACCUAGGAAUUAUUUCAGCAGAAAUGUAUUGUAAAAAUAAUUUUGUGGCAUAUUUCUAGUUGCAGUCAGUAACCAUGUAAUAACUUAAUUUUUGAUUUUCACAAUGGUCUCAGACAUAGCAUUUCAGGAAGUAAUUGUUGGGAUGGUGACCAUGUAGCGCUAUUGCCAGUUAGCAAUAGCAUUUAAGAUGCCAGUUUUUGAGAAGAGAUCUUUCAUUUUGAUUUCUUCAUAUGCAGAUGCCCAAUGUCAGUUUUGUUUAGUAGGCGAGUCUUGGCUGUUUUUUUUUAAACUGAAAACUCAUUAAAAUUGUUACAGCUUCUUGAACAGAAUUGUACAUGCUACGGUGACUUCCAUUUGAUGAAAAUGCUGACUUCCCAAUACUCUGUAGUUUCCAAAUAGGUACAGGCAAUCAAAUCAAAACCCCUUAAACAGGGUUUUAGACAUGUAAUUUGGCAUAUUCCUUUAUUUCGUUUUUGUUUUGGUUGAUGAAGGCAACCCCUUGUAAAAUUAAAAAAGGCUUAUGAACAGAUUUUCUGGUAUUGAAUCUCUUUCUAAAUUAUACCCUGGGGCUUUACAACAUGUGAAUCCAAAUAAUGCUACUGGCUUCUUAUACACCAGGGAUUGGAUUUCCUUGUAGAUGCCUGUUGCAGGCAAUAGGCGAAGUAAUCACCAGCAUUGUCACUCAAGUGGGACCACUUUUCUUAUCUGUUUGCACAGGAAAGUUUAAGCCAUUGCUACCUUGGUGAUAGUUGGUACAAGACAUAUGUCUCAUUGUAUUGUCUUUGCCUCGGCCUUCUCUAUAUAAAUUUCAAUAAUGAUUUAGACUAAAGUUUGCUAAUUCAAUAGCAAAUGUCAUGGAAAUACCUCCAAAAUGCAGAGGUGUAUGUUUAGUGGACAAUGUCUUAGCUGUAGUGUUUGCAAUAAAAACAUUGACAGGCCUUUUUGUUCUUGCAGAAGACUAAAAAUUGCUUAAACCUUAGUUGUAAUAUCCCACUGCUCAACAGAAAUAAGUAAUCAACACACACCCUUUCUACAUUUUGAGUUACUGAAGUGACUAGCAGAACAUGUAUAGUGUCAGUCUCUUUAGUAUUGAAAACUUCUAAACAAUCAAAGUUUCAUAAAAGAGGGGACUGGGCGCUCAGGAUGCCCAUGUGCAAUGUAAUUCUACAUUGAAAAGAGAAGAGGGCUGCGGACGCCUGAAUAUAUGUCCUCUCACCUUCAGAAGUCUUUGGCAGGAUAUUUAUGCAGGCUUGUGCCAGAGUAGUGAGAAUGAAAGAUUGUGACUAGAGCCCUAUUAAUGUACUAUGUUCUCAUAGAAAGUGCUGAUAGGAAGAAUGAAAAGCCACAAGAAUGGUGAUUGUGAAGGCAGUGGAGAAGUUAGGUGCUAGGAGUCAAUAGAUUUUGUCUUCCUUCUCUUGCCCUUGCCAUGUUCUCUUUUUUGGGGGGGUGGGUGGGGUGGGGUGGUAGGGAGAAUGAACCCACUAAUAAAGUUUUCUAGCUGGAUUCUGCUCAGAUGCUCAUAGCUCGCUCCAUCCAAGCUGUGAUAGUUAUAGCUGAGCUCAAAUUUCAUUAACAAUCUGCAGAAAAUAAUCUCUGGAUAUUUUAUGGAUAAAGAAUUGUGUCUUUUUCAUACAAUUCUAUCCUGCCUAUUCAGCUUGUUAUGUGCAAACAAAUAAAAAUAAUAGGUGGUAGUUGCGCGUUCUAUAAAAUGUAACAUUGCCUACAGGUAUGUGAUAUUUCCACAAGGCAGUUUGCCGUAUCAAAUCAUUUAUUUCUUUCAAGGUCUGCUACAUUAAUUUCAAUAUGCGUAGCCAUAAAUGAGAAUUUGUGAAAGUCCAAACGGUGGAAAAUACAGGAUUUAAUACAAGUUAUCUUGCUGAGAAGUUUAAAAGUUUCCAAAGCAGUCAGGACUUUGUGAGAUCUAAUCUAAAAGUGUAAACAAAUAAGAUCAACAAAAUUGUGACUUGCUAGCUAGUUUUGGGGGCUAAUUUUCAACCUAUUUGGGUGUGAAUACUACAGAUAUUUGAACACUACAGUAAUCAAAUAUCUCAUAAAAUGUGAAAUAAAUAGACAGUAAAAUUCUUCUGUCUUUUAAAAUUGAAGCAAAAAUUGAGAACUAGUUGAAUUCUGGUCUUAGAUAUUACAGGUAAAUCAUGUAUGGGCAUCACUUAAAAUUGUUAAGAGGUUGUAAGUUGUGGUAAAAGUCGUCACCUAGAAUUCAAGGCGCGUCUACAAAGUUCUGUCUCUUCCAACGUCUCAGAACAAAUCUUUACCUUUUCAUGAAAUGUUUUAUAGUGUUCUGUCAUACGCAGGAUUUUAUAGCUGGAUCCUCUGGCAGUUCAACAAGAAAUGUGUAUAUUUUGCUACAAAUAACCAAGCAGAAAGAACCGGCCCUUGAAUUUUGCUGUGAAAUACAGGCUUUCUAACACAAGUGCAUUUUGGGAUUCAGAAAUGUAUCAGGAUACAAAAUUUGUUAUUACACACAAGUUUUAGAAUAGUAAGAUUCCCGUGCUCUAGAAUUUUGCCCUUAUAUUAUGACUAGAAUAUUUACCAGAUUUUUACUUUUUUUGUUUGCUCAAAAUGUCAUGCAUCCUAAAGGUGUUGGCAUCUCUGCUCAGUUUUUGGUUGAAGGAAAAUGUGUUUCAUCGGAGCAGAUAUACUCCUCCUUUUUACAUUCAGUAUUUUCUGUGUAAAUGGCAAAUUUCUGACACACCUAUUCAUGUCUCAUUAGAAACGUACCUUUGGAUAUUCUUUAAAUAGUGCUUUUCCAGGUGUUUGUACAAUAAAUUGUUUAAUGCAGAAAAAGUCUCUGCAUUUUCUCCAAACGUUGCAGCAAGGUUUGUGUACAUUAUUUCAAUGUAACAGAAUGGAUAAUGUAAUUAUUUUUCUUCCUGAUGAUCUAGUGUACAAACUAAUUUCUGAGUGGUAAACUGGUCUUUGGGGAAAUCGGAGUCUAGAUACUGUCAGAUAACUUCUUUUAUAAUACCAAAGAUAGAUGGAUGUAUUUUACUGGCAUGCUUGACUUUCAGAAUCAAAAACUGGAUUCUUGGGCAAUACAGUACCACCUAUCAGUAGGACUUACUUUCUUGCCAAAUACAUUGAAAUGUAAUGCAGAAGACCUGGUCAUCUUAAUUUGGUGUUGAUUUCUGUAAUGUCAGUCAGUUCUUUUUGUCAGUAAGGGCACCAAAACUAUCCAAUCUAUAUAUAUAAAAACAGACAAUAGGAGGAAUGCACCCUAAAAUGUGAAUAAAUCUUUUUGAUUCAUGCACACCAGUUUCUCAAGGAGAGCCCUUGCAAGAUUCCUUUUGCUGCAUAGCCAACUUAUAAUUUUAAGAAACUGUGUAUCUGCAGUUAAUUUUCUCCCUACUUUUGGACCACUUGUCAUGUUUCCAUGGUCCCCCUUUAGAAGUAAUGGAAUAUAAUAGAACCUGUUCCCAGUCAAGAAUAUAGCGGUGCUUAAAUCCUCAGUAGCCAUGUUGUAAAGAUUUGUUUUGUGCCUGGACUAAUUAAAACUGCUAAAUACUUCUUGGAAGCCUUAGACUCUGUUCUUCCAUACAGUUGUGUAAAUGCAAAGAACCACCAAAUUACACUGGCAUUCAAUAAUUUGAGACAAAAGUAUGUUUUUCAGAAUUGAUUAUGUGACACACUCUCUAGCAGAAAGAGCAGUUCAUUGACAUCUACUGCUUUUGUCUUAGGGGUUCCCAUAUUGCAAACCUUUUAAAGUCCUGUGGCUCAAAUGACUGAAGUACUGUUAAUUCCACCUUAUUUGCGUUGGUGCACUGCAGUUUUGUGUAAAACCGGUAUUCCAUAAAUAAAAUAUUUGUGUUUUUUUUGUUUCAGAAA